AUGGAGAAAGUCCAAACCACAUCAACCCAGCGCCACCAGCAACGGCACCAGCAACCAGCAACGCACCAGCAACGGCACCAGCAACGGCACCAGCAACGGCACCAGCAACGGCACCAGCAACGGCACCAGCAACCAGGCACCAGCAACGGCACCAGCAACGGCACCAGCAACGGCACCAGCAAUGGCACCAGCAACGGCACCAGCAACAAUGUCGGUACUGACGCCAACGCCACCAGCAACUCACAUCCUUAUUCGGCCUCCAACGCCAAAGCUGGCCCCUCUUCGCGUAGACUCAGCAAUGGUGCUGCAACCUCCACUGCACCCGCUGGCGGCAUCAGAAGGCGCAACAUUCUCGAGUCGGCUGCCACCUCUUCCGCCAAAACUGAUCACAGAUCAAAACGCCGUCCCUUUGCCGCCUCCUCGACAACAUCUUCUCCCCAGCCACCUUCUACGCCUGGCUCUGGCUUCUCCAAUUGGCCUCUGAGUGCUGCCGAAGACUUUUCCGGCUCUUCCACCGAUCGGCCCACCCCUCGUCGUCGCUCAGCCACUGUCGAGUCCAGAGAGGCUUACUCGGCCGACCCUUCCGCCGAUGGCGCUGGCGGAUACUCUUCCAGCAGCGAUCAACACUCUUCAAGCUCCGAGUUCGAGCCUUUCGAUUGGGAUGUCGGCCCCAAGCGCAGAAGCUCCGACCGUCCUCGCUCUGUUCCAUCUGAGCACUAUUUGCACAAAGCGCUCGGUGGCUCUGCCACACCAUCUGCAAGCAGCACUGGGCAUUCUGCAGCAAAACGUUCGUCAGCCUCAGCUUCUCCACCACCACAACUGCCGCAUGGUUCCACUAUUGAACGACAGAGUGCCUCUCGACUCAGCAAGGUCAGCAACGGAAGAACUCGUUCGUCAAAAAAGUCACCAUUGCCGUUGCCAUCCGACCCAUUAGCAAACGCCUCUCCACCAUCCCGCUCAUCGACAAAACCUAGUCGCCAGUCCAUCUUGUCACGUGCGAUCGGUGCAGCGAGCUCUUUGGCUUCCAACAGCAGAACUCCCUCUGCUGCAUCCUCCGCGUCUGGAACAAACCCAGUUGCUGCUAGUGCCACCAGAUCACAACCGACAAGCAAGGCCAGCCAGGACAAGCCCGUUGUCGGCCCUGCAAAUGGAGGCGCUCUAGCAGCGCCCAGCCGAGUCAACGCAGAAUCUUUGAACAAGGCAAAUGUAGAACCGACUCGAUCUUCCUCUGGAUCAAAUGCUGCCGGCACUGCUGGUCCAAGUGGAGCGCAUCUUGUAGCUUCUGCAGCUUCGGCGUCACUGUGCAAUGGUCUUACGUCCAAUUGGCGACGUCUUCGCAUCAACCCCUCUUUGGAAGCCCUUCUCAUGAGCUUGGCAUCUUGUAUCGCCUACUACGGCAUCAAGACGCACGAAAAGCUUGAGACGCAGAGCCAUGCCGCAGAGGUCGGCCUUGUGACCAUCAUCAGCACGCUCUACUUCUUCCUCCGCGAUCCCGACGAGCAAGCCGCCAUCUGGGCCACGGAUCAUCGCAACUAUCGCACUUGCCCGGAAGAUGGCGCCCUCAAUGCGCUCCUCUUGCCGCCCCUCCUAGCCUGUGCGACGCUCUUCUCAGCAAUCCAAGAUCAAUCCGCAGGUCGAAGCAGUGCGCGAGCCUCUGGUGAGCCGCUGCCGAACCCGCCAUGGAUGGUCGAAGGUCCUCCUGUCAUUCUCAGCCACGACCGCAAACUGCCAGGUGGCAUGACCACAUUGGUCGUUUCGCGUUACUCUCUUGUCAGCACCAUGUCCAUGACCUCGACUGUCUUGCUCUGCCAUCUUCUUGCUACCAAGUGGAUUCGCCGUCCGCACGAGUUCCCAAAGAGCAACUGGGUCAAGCUGCGAAGCUUCACUGCCUUCUCCACCGUCAUCGCUAUUGCACUUGAGCUCGUCAAAGACGCCGCCGCGUUCUACGGCUUUCCGCUCUGGUCCAACCUCGCACGCUGGGAAGUCAUCACUGCUGCGCUCUUCUUCCAGGCCAACCUGUACACCAUCUCGCGACUCGCACGCAAGAGCUUCACCUUGGGAGAGCUUGGAAUCGUCGCUUCCGUAGGUGUCACGCUCACCAUGGAGACGCUGCAUCUGUUUGUCGCCAAGUUGCUGCCAGUCACUACACCAUAUGUCAAGACCUUCCGCCGACCAACGCCACUCUUGAUCUUCCAGCUCGCGUUGAUUGUCGGCACCUUCAUCGUCGGCUUCCUGCUCUCGCCGCUCCUCUACCUCUCGCGCAACCUCGCACAGAAGCCAACACACCGACUUCGUUGGCCCGACAAGCGCGAUCUGCACCGACGUCUGCUCGCCGCCUUCUUCUAUCUUUUUGCGGCUAUCUAUGUAGUCGGUGUGCUUGGCAUGUGGGUGCGGUGGCUGCUUGUGCGCCGUGACCCCUGGCUGUGGACGCUCUCGUUCAUGUUGAAGGGGGCAAAACCUUGGUCUCGACCGCUGCUGGUGACCUACUGGGUGUUGCUGAUCUCGAUCUCGAUCUCGUGCUGGCAAGCAGUGGUGUCAAACGCCAAGCGUUUCCGCAGUCUCGCCAACUCAUACAAUCGCCCAAUGCUUGGCCCGAAGCCACCGAACAGCACCAGUGCAGCGGGCAAGAGCGCUGCCGAGUUGAAGCAGCAACAGCAACAAACACAGCAGCAGCUCAGUCAGGCUACACCAACAAACGUUGUCCUGUCCCUGUCGCCAAACUCGCACGCGCCAGGUGGUGUCGAGGUCAUUCCUGAAGGUCUUGAUGGUUCGGGCAGCGGAGAGAAGGUAAGCGGAAACGGUACGCAGAAUGGAAUGGCGGUGAACGGAAGUGCGGGAAGUGGUGUCAGCGGAGGUCAAGGCGAAAGCGGAAACACCAAUGCCAAGCGCGGAGUUGGAGUCAACCUUAAGCUCUCAACACUUAGCGGAAGCGCUUCUCUCCUUGCCAAAGAACACAAUACAGCAGCCAUCAAAAAAGCAUCAUACCUGUCUCUCAACGCUCGUCGCAAGUUCUUCCACGCUCUUGCAGUACUCCUCUUCCUGCCUGGUAUCGCACUCGAUCCCGCAUUCACACACCUUGGCUUCUCAUUGGCUUUCUCCAUAUUCAUCUUUGCCGAAUACGUCCGCUACUAUGCGCUAUACCCCUUUGGAGCGGCUUUGCACGUCUUCAUGUCCGAGUUCCUCGAUCACAAGGAUUCGGGCCCUGUCAUCCUUUCGCACUUCUACCUGCUUACGGGCUGUGCGGGUCCGUUAUGGCUUGAAGGUCACUCCCGCAUCCUUCAACAAACGGGUGUGCUUGUGCUUGGAGUUGGUGACGCACUAGCUUCCGUCGUCGGACGCAGAUACGGCAGAACUUACUGGCCAGGUGGAUCGAGCAAGACGGUCGAAGGCAGUGUUGCGUUCGUAGUAAGCAUCAUGGCUUCCGCUUGGGCGCUGCGACUGGUUGGUUGGUGCGAGGACUUCAGUACCGUCAAGUAUUGUGCUGUGAUCACCUCUCUGGGUCUCCUGGAGGGUGUUUCGGAUCAGCAUGACAACUUGGUCUUGCCGAUCUUUGGUUACAUUGUCGCUAGUCUUGUUGGUCUCUAG